UUUUGGAGUCAGCUUGAUUAGCACAGCGCGUGCACGGUUUUGCAAAAUCUGGUUAAAAUAAGAAGUUGGUCAGGUGCAAAGAUCCCAAGAUAUCUACUUACAGUUGUUCGACGACACAAAUCAGAAGGGCAAGGCAAGCAGCUAGCUAAUACUCUAUAUAUAUUUGCUUGAUUUAUUUCUUCUCUUUGACAACGACAUGCCUAAGAACAAAGGAAAGGGAGGUAAAAACAGAAGAAGAGGAAAAAAUGAAAAUGAGGCAGAAAAAAGAGAGCUGGUUUUCAAAGAAGAUGGCCAAGAAUAUGCACAAGUGACCAAAAUGCUUGGCAAUGGACGUCUCGAAGCGAUGUGCUUUGAUGGUGUAAAGAGAUUAUGCCAUAUUCGUGGGAAACUACGUAAAAAAGUAUGGAUUAAUCAAAGUGACAUUAUCCUAAUUGGUCUCCGUGACUAUCAAGAUGCUAAAGCUGAUGUUAUUCUGAAAUAUACACCCGAUGAAGCUAGGAAUUUGAAAACCUAUGGUGAAUUUCCAGAAACAGUUCGUAUCAAUGACACAGUUACAUUCGUGGAGGAUGGUCUUGAUGAGGAUAUUGAAUUCGGAGAUGAAGUCAGUGAAGACGACGAAGAUGAAGUUAAUAAUAUUUGAUGCACUACCAUCUACCUACACAGUGAUAGAAUAUACACUGAAGGAUAGCUAAAUUUUAUUUGCAGAAAAUGUUUGAGCAUUGGAUGGUUCUUAUGGUAUUACCUUAAAAGUUAAAUACAGUUUUAAGUCUUAAACAUUUACAAAAAAAAUGUUUUUAAUUCAAUUGUUGUCGCUAAUAAUUUUAUUGUGCAAUAUCAAAAUCGUUUUUAAUUAAUCAACUAAAAAUGGCUGAAUUCAA